AUGUCUGAACAAGAUAAAUGCAGAAAAAAUGUUAGAGAAGGAGAAAUUCAACAAACAUAUAUUGGUUAUGAUAAAGCGGAAAGGAUUGUAGACCAAGAAAAUUUCUUGGUUUUAGAAGAUAAGAUUAAGUUGGAACGAAUAUGUUUUUCAAAAAGUUUAAAAGAUUACUGGAACAAUAUUAUUAAGGAGUAUGAAAUACUCAAGAAUUCUGAAAUAUUCUCAAAAAAAGAUAGUACUGGUGAAAAUUAUUUUUUAGGAAUCAGUGAACCUGGACUUAAUAAAGACAAUAAAUUUUUUGAUGUUGUUAUGGGUAGUUCUAAUUCUCAGAGAUCCAUCCAAAACCAAAUGAAAAGUGUGUAUUAUAUGACAGAUAAUUUUCAUGAUAUGAACGGAAAAAGCAAUUACUCCCAAAAUAAUGAAGAAAAUAGAUCUAGUAUGUCAACAUUCAAACAUGUUGAUAAUGUCAAACAGAAUAGUUAUCAUUCAAUAAUUAACAGUAGUGAAAUCACUCCAAUAUCAGAAUUCAUGUAUGUUUCUUCUAUUAAGUACACAAAUGAUGGCUAUUAUGAUAAUACUGACAUUAAGUUUAGCACCCGCUCAACACGAAAACAAGCUGAUAUUCUUCAAAACAGAUGA